CUUCGCUAUUGCAAUCGAUAACUUCAGACAACAACAAAGAAAAUAAAAGUUUACGAAAACACAACAAAAUUCGACAUUUUGGAAGUUUCCCUCGCCUCAAGAAAUGGCCCAUAACUACCUGCAGCCAGUGCACGAUCACUUCGAUGACGUGGACAGAUUCGAGGACGUGGACGACGACCUAUUCCUGCAGAACAAACGGACGGGAGCAGCCAAGGUGCCGCAGCAGAGGAGCACCAAUCCUUUCGAGAUGGAUGACGAUGACGAGGAGGAGAUAACCUCGUCGCCAUCGGUGGCCGCGCAGCGACUGGCGUAUGCUGAGAAACGAAGGGCGAUUGAGCAGCGAACUCUGGACUCCACCAACAAGAGCUUGGGUCUGCUCUACGAAACCCAGGAGGUGGGCAAGGCGACGGCCGUGGAGCUGGCUAAGCAGCGGGAGCAACUGGAGAAGACAUCACAUCAGCUGGACGAGAUCAGCUCCACGCUGCGCUUCAGCCAGCGACAUCUGACUGGCCUGAAGAGUGUCUUCGGCGGCCUCAAGAACUACCUCUCGGGCAACAGGGACCAACCACCCACAGCGACUGGUUCGCCCACGGGCAGUCAGUCCUCCCAGGAGGCCAAUAGCAACAUUAACCUGGGUGCCUGUGGCGGUGCUAGCCCCUCGGCUCCGCUUUCACCAGCGGAGCGUUACGACAAUCAUCCGGUUAGCCAGCUGCGUGGUGAUCCCAGCAGCACCUACCAACCCCAGCGGCAGGCGGCCAAUCCCUUCCAGGCCCAGAUCGAUUCCAAUCUGGAGGAGAUGUGCAGCAACCUGUCGGUGCUGAAGAUGCUGGCCACCGAUCUGGGUGGCGAAAUUGAGUCGCAAAACGAAUUGCUGGAUAACAUGAACUACAAAAUCGAGGAUGUCGACUUGAAGAUCCACAAGCAGAACAAGGACAUGAGCAAGCUGCUGAAGAAGUGAACGGCGAGCAUUCGCUUACUAUUGUAUUGAUCAUUGCUUAGAAUAGCCCUCCCUUAAUAUACAAAUCAUAGCCAUACCAUAUCGCACGGUGAGCACUACUCAAGGCCAUUAAGAAUGCAUUCCUCAUUAUGUUUCCUAGUUUUUUAUUGUUACACACACCAAAACAAUUCUCUCAAUGGAGUGCUCGUAGUUGGAGAGCGAUAAGUGUUCAGUUUUAAAUAAAAAUUCAUAUAUAUAAGCA